AUGAUCGAAGGUAGUUGUCUCUGCGGCAACGUGAAAUUCAAUCUCGACAUUGAAUCUGAUCAAACGAAAACGUGCCACUGUCGCCCUUGUCGCAAAAUCACAGGCGCAGUCAUGUCUCUCAACCUCACUGUUUCUUCCAAAUCAUUCAGCCUGACAAAUGGCACUUUGAAGACGGUAAAAACGACACAUUGCGACGAAGGGUUUGAGUUUUCUCUAGCCUUUUGUCAGGAAUGCGGGAGUCCUGUUUACGCGGUGCCACAUUGGGCGGGGGCGCAAGAUAUUCUUGUGAUUCAGGUGGGCACGCUCGACGAUGCCAACGUGUUGCAGAGGGCGCCGGCGGUUGAGAUGAAUGUCAAGCAGAGACUGGGGUGGGUGAAGGAGGUUGAAGGGGCCGAGCAGAAAGAAAAAUAUGUUUGA